AUGUCCUCGGUGUCUUCUUCUACCUCAACAUCGCCAAGUUCUGGGCCGUCGAAAGAAAAGCUGGACUCGGAAGGGAGCGUUAAAGAUAUUUCUUCUAAUUCUUUUCCCAAAGACACUGAAGAAAAUUCAACUACUGCUCAGGAAAUCACUGAAAAGCCGUCUGAGAAGGACGCCGAAAGUAUAGAGUUUAAUGCAUCUGGCUCUGCUAUCCCAGGAUCUGCAGCCUCUUCUACGCCAUGGCAGGCCAUAUACUCGCCACAGUAUAAUGCCUACUACUUCUUCAAUGCAGAAACGAACGAGACAACUUGGGAGAAUCCCCUCGUGACAGCUCCGGAUUCAACAACGCCGAAUCCAGCACUCGAAAACCCAACAAAUUCCUCAUCUCCUGCUGUUGCUCCUGUCGAGGAAGCCUUUGACGGUGCAGCAUUGUCAUCGUACAAUGCUCUGCAAGCAGCCGCUAUCGCUCAGGGCAUUGAUCCAUCCCUUGCUCAUCUCGAUCCAUCGCUCGCUGGACCGAUUCCGGGCUCGAGUUCAGGCGCGUAUGGUGCUGCGGCAAAAUUCAACGCUCGUACAGGCCAGUUCACUCGCCUGGACGGUAGAGAUCCAUCUCAUUUAUCAGAGUAUGAAAGGGCGAAGAGGAUGAGCGAGUUUUACUUUGAUGUGAAUGCUUGGGAGAAGCAGAGAGCCCAUGAACAGGAAGCGGAGGCGGAGGCAGGAGGGAAUGAAAAGAAGAGGAAGAGGCCAAGUAAGAAGGACUUGGAAAGGUUCAAGGAACAAAAAAAACAGAAGAAGAUCGCAAAGACUGCCUGGCUAAGAACCUAA